AUGUCAAAGGGAGGAAUAGACCUUCCAUCAAGAGUCCUACUCACAUCUAUCUUCGAUUCUCUCGCCACAAUUCAAAUACCAACUCCAGAGCCCUCUGCCACAUUACCUCCAGCAUCCACAUCCAGCUUCUCAAAUCUUCCAAUACCCACAGCAAACCCCAUCCGCUUCCUCCCAGCUGCAUCCAGAAACAUCUUUCUAACAGCACAUUGUCUUCUCCCCACAACGUUCCUCGCAGCUCUCGAUCUGCUCGAGAAGUCACUGGUUGAGCGGUAUACAACCGUUGAUACUCCGACUUCAGCUCCAAAGGUUUAUUAUAUACGCUCUAACCCGCCGCCUCCACAGUCACUUGUCAUCCCGGGUCCGAAUUUUACGUUAACGUCAACUCAAAAGUCUGGGUUUCCAAAGUCUGGAAAAUCAUAUAUUUAUGAAGUACGGCCUGCUGUGUGGAAUUGUACUUGUAUAGCUUUCACUCUGGCGGCUUAUCAGAGACAUACUCUGCUUCAUACACAGAAUAAAGGAUAUGGAUUCGAUCCUGAUGAUGAAGCUGGGUUUGAAGCGGAGAAUAGCUCUGGAGAAGAGCAAGACGAAGAUAUAGAAAACCAAGGGGGAAACAGCAUUGGGGGCGAAGACGGGGAAGAAGAGGAUUAUGGGGAUGAUACACCGGGAUCGGAUGGUGUAUUUGAUAAGAACAAUUGGUAUGGCGGCAUCUAUACCCUGGAUUCUGAAUCUAGUAGCAAGAAGAAAGCAAAAAAAUCGGUAGUGCCGAUAUGCAAGCAUCUUCUUGCCGCGGUUCUUGCAGAGAAGUGUCAAGGCCUGUUUGGUGGGUAUGUUGUUGAAAAAGUAGUAACUACGGAUGAAAUGGCCGAAAUGGCCGUUCUUUGGGAGUAA